AUGCUGGAAGGCGUUUAUCCUUUCAACAGUGAGGAGCAGAUCAAGCAGGCAAGUUUCAAGUUCCACCAGGCCUCCACCGGCCGAGAGGCCAGGGAACUGAUCCGGGCAUUGAUCCAAGUACGUCCGGAGGACCGGCUUGGCCUAGACGAUUGCCUCAAGAACAGCUGGGUCACAAUGGACAUGCGGCUAACCUCGGCGCUGAGGCCAAGUGGGCCAGAGGGUGACGUCGAGUGCUUUCAUUUGGAUCGCGAACCCUCCAACGUGACUGAACUUCGACGCGAGCUGCAGAAGUUCAUGACCACGUUCAAGGUUUCAGCCCAUCUCAAGAAGCGGCAGGUGGAGGUGACAUGGUCCAAGAAUGUGGACAGACAGGUUGCCCGCAGCGCGCUGCUGCAGAUCCUGUACAGCACCCAGAUGCUUAUGCUUUCCGCCAAAAGAGGAGUGCUUUGCUAA